AUGGAACUGGAUGAAGAUAACAAGCCCGACGCGAUGGAACAGGAUGCAGAUAACAAGCCCGAUUCAUCAUCCGCAAUGGAACAGGAUGCAGAUAACAAGCCCGCUGCAGUGGAGAAGAAUUCGAAGGUGGGGAUGGAUGUAGAUGCCGUCGACAAAGGGAAGAAAAAGAUGAAGAAGCAGUGGAAGACGUUGAAGUUCGAUGAAUACAUCUAUGAGGUUCUGAAGCAGGUGCACCCUGACAUUGCUAUAUCUGGAGAGGCCUUGGAUAUGAUGGACAAUAUCAUAAACAGGAUGUUGUCGAAGAUUUCUGAGGAAUCUAAGAAGUCUACUAAUUUACGAGGUCGAACCUUAACAAUACAUGAAAGGGACAUAAUAGCUCUUUCCCAAACGUAUGGGAGAUCGUGCUAUCGUAAUGGCUUACAAUUCUUCACUCUAUUACUCUGUCGACCGAAUGUGCAAGAAAAUCGAUAA